AUGAAUGAUGGCUUCUGCGAGUGGUGGCGAAAAACAGAGUUUGGAAGUCGGAUGAAACGAACAAUCUUUGAAAAUAAACGCCAGGCAGAUUGUUGGAGGCAUUUUCACCAGGUGGCAGGUAUUCAAGAUGGGACACCGAAGGUUAUGUGUAAACAAUGUUGCCAUGUCCUUCACCACCCAGCGGACGGCCACCGAGGAACGUCGUCUAUGAGGAAACAUAUUCAGGGGCCUAGCUGCCGCAGGGAAUCAUCCCAAGGGAAUGAUAUCAGAACGCUAUUACAGGAGAAAGCACACUCUGCCCCUCAAAAAGCUACCUUUACCCAUCAGGCCUGGAUAGAGGGCGUAAUCUCGUUCAUCACUGCCCUACGGCUACCAUUUCAGCUAGUCGAGCACCCUCAAUUCCAUGCAUUGAUUAAGAUAGCUCGGCUAGCCCCAUCUUUCCCUGAAAUCCCUUCUGCAUACACCGUCCGGCGCCAGCUUCGAGAGAUGGUUCAAGAACGCCAGCAGAGUCUUCUUCUAAGGCUUCCUAAAGGUGCUAAACUUUCGAUCGCGCUUGACUGCUAG